AUGUUUAAAUCGCCACCAAAAACUUCGAAUAAACGGAACACGCCCUCACGUUCCGAUUCUGAUAUACGCAAAUUGUGUUCUGAAGAAGGCUUAGCGCCUAAAGAAUUUAUAGCACACAAUGUAACGCAACGAACAAAAUGCCGAUAUCCAUCAGGCGCUGGAGCUCCUGAGUUUCUAGAGGAGUUAACCACAAUUAAGAGCGAUAUAACAAACGAUAUCAAAAGCAUGCUCAAAGAGUUGUUGUCUGCACAAACUUCAAGGAUGGAUAAAUUUGAAAAUUAUUUAUUAGAUAUUAAAAACCUAAACUCAAAAAUAGAAAAUACCAACAACGACAUAGAAAAGUUCAUGAACUUUAUAUCUGAACAAAUAACUUCGCUGGAGACUAAAAUUACUUACCUGGAGCAGGAGCGUACCACCGUGGCUUACACACUAUCUUCGCUGGAAGAGAAAAUGGAGACUCUUGAUCGCAGUUGCAUAAAGACUUGUGUUGAAAUUCGCAAGUUACCCAAGAGGAAUCAAGAGUCGAAGAAAGAUCUAUUUGAUAUGCUAAUAAAAUUAUCAAAGCUCAUAGAAAUCAAUCUGCAGGUCUCUGGUAUUCGUGAUGUGUCAAGGCAAUAUUCGAAAAAGGAAAACAAAACAUCUAAUCUAACAGUUGAAUUCUCCAAUACUCUUAUAAAAAGUGCUGAUAUACAGAGAAAGUGGAAAAACUUGAAGAACUGUUUUUCUAGAGAGUUAAGUGCGCAAAAAAAAGUGAGUCGGGUUAAUCUGGUAAGAAGAAACGAAAGUAUAUUUUCUUUGAUCAACUAUCAUUCUCUGAUACCUAUUACUACUUCAAGAGACACUAGUGGCAACAUCAAAUCUAUUGAAGAAUGUGCAAAUUCGGAAACUCAAUCGGACGAGAAUAAUAGCCAACAGAAGCAGAAUUCCAGAAAAGCUAUAUACCAACGUAAGACAGGUGCUCAAGGACGAAAAGAAAAUACUGAUGAAGAGGAACUAUUGAAUAUUUUACGUAAGAAACAAAUUCUUGAUGAGGAUAUUAGUUUUGCAGAGAUGUUGAUUCCAAUGUUACGGAAACUAAAUGAGGAUCAAAAAUUUUAUGCAAAAAUCGUAUUUUUAAAUGCCAUGGAUAGGGCUAAAAAUAUGUUCCGCAGCCUUUAUACCCCGGAUCAAUGCAAACUGCUUUCCAACCUGUAUAUUCCACACCAAUGCUAA